UCUUUCUUCUUCUUUUCUCAUAACCCUAAGCGUUCUUUUCAUAGUCUCCUCGCAGAUCCACCGUUGUUUGUCGCGUAAUCAGCGUUUGCUUGCUGUCGUUUCACCGUUUAGUCGGCGCCGCUCCGCCAUGACGAACCCACCAAUCCCACCACCGAACUUCAAUCGUAAUGCAUUUCUUCAAUAUGUGUCACAACAGUUUAGUAGCUCAACACCAGAGUUUGACACUUUUUAUAGGCCUUUCAUAAGUGAAGACCCGAGAGGUAGUAUUCCAGACUCUGAAACCAAUGCAAACGGUUCUGUUCCACCAGCCGAUGCAAACGGUUCUGUUCCACCAGCUUCAGUGGAGGACCUUCUCAUUGCUCCAGGACGUGAAACUCUCAAGUAUCUUCAUCCCAAAGUGCAGCGAGGAGCUAUUUGGUUUAAGCGUGAUCCAUAUGGUGUAAUUACAAAGUCUAUCUUGAGAAUGCAAAAAACAGAUGUCAAAAAUGGAAAUGCAACAAAGAGAAACCUAACAUAUGUCAGGUGAUUUAUGGAAGGAGUACAUUAAUCUUUGGCGUGAUGAGAAAGUGGCAGCAUUGGCAGCAACAAACUCACAAAAAAGGAGAAGCAACCAAGAUGAUGAAGGAAUUCUUGUGCACUUCAAUGGAGCUAAAUCAUUAUGUAGGCGUAAAGAUGAGAUGGUAAUUUUGAGUUUUUUACAUUUCUUAAGAAUUAUCAUUCCAAUGCAUAUUACUCAUGUUCUUUUUCCAUGUAUAUAAGACUAUUGAAAAUGGUGGAGUGGAGCCUAAUAUGCUGGAUUUCAUUGAGGAUGUUUAUAAAAGUAAAAAUACUGGCAAGAUUGUCUACAAGAAGGCUAAGCAGAUUGUGGACACUUCUUCAGUCUUUUGAUAACAUGAUGUUUCCAUAUUUUAACAUUGAUUCUCAGGCAAUACCCAAAAAGAAAGGACACAGAUUUGGAUUUGGAUCUCUUCUAGACCAUGAAGAGUUAAAUGCUCCUUUCCUACCCAGCUUGGAUAAUGACAAGAAGUUAGAAGCAUACAGCCAGAUUUCUGAGUUAGUUAUGGAGAAAGAGGAAAAUACCAAGACAUUCCAGUACUUGAAGGAUGUUUACUGAGAAGCUUCUCAACGAAUUUCCAGAAUGUCGUCCACCGGAAGAAGAAGAAGAUGAUGAUGAAAUUCAAAAUUAGAGUGUUUUAACUUUGCUGGUUUUGUUGUAUGAUGUUCCAAGAAAGUGAGUUACGGUUAAUAUAAGAAUCUAUUAA